CGGCGGCGGGAGGAGGCGGCGGGCGCAGGGACCGCGCGGCGUCCCCGGCUGCGCUCGGGCCGGCGGGAGCGUGUCGGAGAGUAACUUUGUAGCAAAGCGGCCGCGGCGCUGUCGGGACGCGGGGCCCGGGGGGUGCCAGAUCUCUCAUCUGGACAUUGGGAAUAACUUUGGAUGGUUCUGGGCUUCUUUCUAUUGACCUAGGUAGAUGUGAAGAAGAUUAGAAGAAGUCAAAAUUUCUUCUAAGUGGGCAAAGUCAGGAGAAGCUCUCAGAAUUCUCUGGAAUUUCACAGCUGGCUUCUUUCUGUACUUCUGGAUCACGACUAAGUGAGAAUUAACGUAGAGGCUAGACUGAAAAUAUGCCUUCAUGAAAGAGUUCCUCCAAAACUGAUCCCAUCUUGACUUUAAGGCUAUGCAAGCCCAACUGUCUCAGGCUGCCCUUGUAUGGGAGGUGCUCCAGACCUCUGAUAAUCUUCUCAUCUGGAAUCACUGUAACAGAUCCAAUGUCCUUCCUGUGUUGAAGAUUCCAGAACUGAACGCAGUACGCCAGGGUAUAGUUGGCUUUCUCAGCUGCAAGCACACAUUGCCAAGUCCUGUUGAGCUUCUCAUCCACCAGCAACUUUUGAGGUGGUCAAGACUGGGUCACUGCAUCCCAGAAGACAGACAUUAAGAAGAGCGUGUGUCCAACCUCUGACAAAUUUUUUGACGCGAUCCUAUGAGCAUCACUUCUGGCAACCGUGCUUCACCAGAUAAAAAGAUGGCCUAUCACAAAGUGAAUGCAGACCAGAGAGCACAGGGGCACUCUCCAUACCUUGACAACGAUGAGCUCCAAGCCACAGCGCUGGAACUGGAAUGGGACAUGGAAAAAGAGCUAGAGGAGCCUGGCUUUGACCAUUUCCGAUUGGAUGGGGCGGUCCAGCAUCACCUGGGAAACUCACAGAGCCCUGACCUUGAUCUUGACCCCAUCCAGCCAUCAUCUUCUCCAAAGGGAAGAUUCCAGAGGCUUCAGGAAGACCCUGACUACAUCUCACACUACACGAGACAGGCACCAAAGAGCAACCGCUGCAAUUUUUUUCGGAUACUGAAAGUAUGUUGCACUGCUUUGAUUUUAUUUAUUUUUGGAAUUGUGAUAGGAUAUUAUGGACACAAGAAAUGCCCUUCUACACCAACAUCUCAAGAGCCAAAUAACCUUCAUAUGUACCAUGAAAUUCUCAAGGAAAUCAAAGCUGAAAAUAUUCAACAGAUUUACAGAGAUUUUUUACAGUUCCCUAGAGAAGAUGAUGUAGACAUUGCAAUGAAAAUUCUGUUUCAAUGGAGUUCCCAAGGCCUUGAAGAUGUCCGGCUGGUAAAUUACUCUGUUUUGCUUGACCUACCAGGCUCUUCUUCAAACACAGUAACUCUGAAAAACAACGGUGAAUGCUUUUAUCCUAGUGGACAGCAGUGCAACAGAGAGACCAAAUCCUUUCAUAGCCAAGACCUCCUGCACUCGUAUGCAGCUUACUCUGCCAAAGGAACACUUGAGGCAGAACUUGUUGAUGUACAGUAUGGAACUGUGGAAGACUUGAUCCGGAUUCAAUCCAUUUCAAAUGUGACCAAAAAAAUUGCACUUCUGAAGCUAGGACAAUCACCUUUGCUUUAUAAGCUUUCUCUGUUAGAAGAUGCAGGGUUUGGUGGCGUUCUUCUUUACGUUGAUCCUUGUGACUUACCAAAGACUACAGAUUUUGCUGAUAAAGCUUUUAUGGUUUCCUUGAAUAGCGGAGGAGAUCCAUCAACACCUGGGUACGCCAGUAUUGACGGAAGCUACAGACAAAAUCGCCCAAACCUCACAACACUGUUAGUACAACCAAUUUCUGCAGCACUUGCCAAAAAUCUGAUUUCCUUACCUGAGGAGACGGUCCAAAAAGAUAGGUGUAUACGCCUCCAAAUGCAACCUACAGGGAAAACAAUAAUCAGUCUGAAUAUUCAGUCAAUCCCAACUUACAAGACAAUUUCUAAUGUUAUUGGAUAUUUAAAAGGAACUGUAUUUCCUGACAGAUAUAUCAUCGUUGGUAGUCAUCACAACAGUCUGAAUAAUUAUGGUGGACAAGCAUGGGCCAGUAGCACUGCUAUCAUCACAGCAUUUAUACAAGCCUUGAUGCUGAAAGUUAAGAGAGGGUGGAGACCUGACCGGACCAUUGUUUUCUGCUCAUGGGGAGGAACAUCAUUUGGGAAUAUUGGUUCAUAUGAAUGGGCAGAGGAUCUCAAGAGAGUUCUUCAAAGAAAUGUUGUGGCUUACGUUAGCCUGCAUAAUCCAGUCAGAGGCAAUUCAACUUUACACCCUGUUGCAUCCCCUUCUCUUCAGCAACUGGCAGCAGAGAGCCAGAGCUUCAACUGUGUGGAAAAGACUAACUGUCCAAGAUCUAACGUGAGUUCCGUGCAGAUACAGGGAGAUUCAGAUUAUUUCAUCAACCAUCUUGGAGUACCUGCCACGCAGUUUUCUUAUGAGGACAUCAGAACAUCAGAGAAUUCUAACUUUCUCUCUGAAGCUCUUUUUCCUGUACAUACAAGAAAAACUGAAGAGCUGGAUCCCUCCUUCCGCCUGCACGAGACCAUUGCAAAGCUAACAGGACAAGUGACUUUGCAAAUUGCCAAUGCACCAGUUUUGCCGUUUAAUGCCCUCGACAUCGCAUUAGAAGUUCAGAACAGUCUUAAAGGUGAUGAAGUUGACAUUCCUCAGUUGCUGGCAGUGGCAUCACGUCUGAGAGACACAGCAGAAUUGUUCCAAUCAGAUGAGAUGCGCCCAGCUAAUGACCCCAAGGAGCGAGCUCCAAUCAGAGUCAGGAUGCUCAAUGAUGUGCUACAAAGCUUGGAGAAAAGUUUCCUGGUUCAUAGAGCUCCUCCAGGACUUUACAGAAAUAUUCUUUACAGACUAGAUGAAAGGACAAGCCAGUUUUCAGUACUGCGAGAGGCACUGGAGCACUGCAAACUACAUCAGUCAAAUGAGACCAUUCAAGCAGCCUUGUCAGAGGUGCUGAACAGCAUCAAUUCAGCUCAGGUUUACUUCAAAGCAGGACUUGAUGUAUUUGAGACAACCUUGGCUGGAAAGAAAUGAGAAGUUCCUCUGCAUUCCAAGAUGUUUGUUUACACCUUGCUAAACAGAAGUUUGACUUGGACCGGACUUUCUCUGAGGAUGAAACCUUUCUCAACUUUUCAUUCAGUUGACGCUUAAAAGUACUGCAAUGAGCGUUUUUUAUAAAUAUAAAACAGUCUUUUGCACUGUUCACAGUAUCUCUCGAAUGUCUGUUUCUGAAUGUAUAAAACAUAGUGAGAGAGAAUAAUACUUAAGGUAUGAUUUUUGGAAGGACAUCUGCUGUAUUUUUAUAUGUAAAAUAUAUUUUUAUGACUAAGAGAUCAAUCUUGCAAUGUACCAAGCACAUCCUGCAAUAUGCUGGAGACCUUGUCCUGAGACACCCUAGAUGUAUACCCAGGUGAGCUUUCCAUGCCUGCUCUGUCAGAAAAAUGUGGCUUAAGUACACUCUUGUGUUUCUUAACUUCCUCAGCAAACUCAUCUUUUUCAUUACUCCUUUCAAUGUAAGUAGUUGAUGAAUGUGGUGUUUCCUUGGGUACCUAGUUCUGGAGUUAAUCAGGAAAUGCACAAAACAUCCUUACCAGUACAAUCCGACAUCCACUCCUGUGGAACAAUAAAUACCUCAAUUCUGAGAAUACAGAUAAAUUUUGAUUAUAAUUUCUGUGUGAAAAAAGAGUUGUUUUCUCUCAUCAUUCUUAGAGAGAUUUUUUUUUUGUGAUGAUUUCAAAUUAUUUAAAUCACUAGUUACAUUUGUACAAAAAUACUUUGAAUCUUUGUGUUAAACAAGAAACACCUCCGUAGCCUUAUAAGGCUACAGGCGCUCUAAGCUUAUGCAUUACCUAAACAGCCCACUUCAAGGUCUCCCUACAUUUCCAGAGAGCAGUAAAUGAAAAAAAAGACCUCAGAGUUCUGGCAGCGUUUUUGGGACUCCACCGCUUGGCCACGCGACCCACUGUUCCAGUGUGGAUCAUUCCAUCGGUUAGUGCCUGGCAUAUAGGACCUGAAUAGUUGUCAAAAAAACACAAGUAAAACAUAAAUUCAUUCCCUGCUGCAGAACCAGGAUUUCACCUCUGAAGGCACAGGCUGAUGAAGCAUAUUGCAGGACUAAAACUCAAAUCUGUUUGGCAGUGGUGGAAGCCCUGUACAAAGGUGGUAAUCACACCAUCACCUUGUUGGCCUAAAGUAAUCAGUGAAUGAAACAAUCAGGAGGUUUAGUGUCCUGACCUGUAAGGGGAUAAUAUGCACACUUGAGUAUUGCAGGUCUUAGUGAUAUCAACUUUAUUGGGUUUGGAGUUUUAUGAUAUCAGAUGAUUCUGGGAUUAGAGCUUAAAAAAAUGAUUUUAUUUAGAUACUUAGAAUUGAAAUAUAAUUUAUUUGAUGGAAAUCAAAAUGUAUUGUUAACCCGUUUGCCAUGGAAACAUUACAGAAACAUUUCAGAUUGCAAUAAAAAUGGAAAAAGUAUUUGUAUUAAUGUAACAAUUGCCUUCAGGAAAAUUUCGAAGUGCAUAAUUUGGUGAAAGGGUGAAAGCUCAUGAAACACUAAAAAGCUUUUUAAAGUGCACAUUCACAUAUCAAGAAGUGAGAGUUGUUUACGGAUCUUGGGUUUUGUUUCCAAAAGUCCUUGGCAAAUCAACCUCUGUUAACAAUGACCCAGGACAAGGUACAUGCAGCUAUGCUGUGCUACAUUGCUUUUCAAGUUAUUAUCAUAACACAGGCAAAACCAUCCUGAGUCUGACCACAGGCAGGGCUGUGCUGUUGUAUAGCUAUGACUGAAGUGGGAAUAUGUUCAACAUCAGUUGGUGUGACUGCACAAAUUUUGAUAUUGUUAUCAUCUCCCAUCUUCAUUUGUUAUCUGAUAAGCAAGAGUAUAUGAUUAUUCUUUUGCUAAUGCUGGUAGCAAUUCUAUUUACUAAAGAGAGGAUUUGACUUCUGAAAAGCAACAUUUUUUUCUGAUACUAAAAUUUUCAUCCCCUUAUUUCCAUAGUUUUUAUUAUCAUGAUACUUAAAUGGUUGGAAUAACCACAUUUGAGUUGUAUGAUUGUUUUGUGAUAGUAUUUGAGAUGUACUGCACAUACUACAUCUGAAUUGUAUUUUCUAAUAGGGACCAUUCUUCUAACAGUUUCUUUAGUAAUAUAGUUUCUUUUGGAGUGGUAACUCACUGUCGAGUGAAUAUCGGUGGUCUUAAAUGAGAUAGGGUCAGGUACCAUUAAGAGACCAAAAAAUAGAAAUUAACACUUACUGUAACUCUGCCAGGUGAACUUAGUAACUGCUUCCUCAGUCUUAGUACGUAUGUUUCACCAAAAUGACCUCUAAUGUAACCAAAGUGUACUCAUGCAAAAUGGAUUAAAUCUGUUGGGAAGAAUAUCCCUCGUGUAUGAUUUCUCAGGUAUGUAAUUCCUCACUAAACAUUUAUCCUGUUUUCUCACUAGUGUCCUUCUGUAACCACUUCUAAAAUAGCAGACACCACCACAAAAAGCGUUGCUACUAUGAACACUUGUCUAUUCUAGAGACAAUCACGUAUUCUCGUUGGUAUGAUGAAUCAGAUGAGCUAUUUAGGGACUGAAGUGCAUUUAUUUCAAUGUCAUCUCACUUACUUGUAUAUCGCUAUUUCAGAUGUUCUUUUCUUAGGUAUAAGUGAGUGCUCAGUGAUAAUAUUUGUACCAUUACAACUUUGGAAGAAGCACUUUUGAGCUGUAUCCUUCCAUUGAUUUUUAAAUCCUGCAUAUUGACUUUAAAGAAUUUAUAGCAUGUUAAGGUCUUAAAUACCUAAUGUGUUUAUAAUAUUGAAUUUUUGCCCAACCAGCUGUGGAACAUCAACUAAAGGAAGGUGUUAGUAAAUCAUAGUAGCUUACCCAGAUUGAAUACAUUACUAUAUUGUGUAGUGUGUAUAUAUAAUACAUUACCCUUAAAGGCAGAAGUAUGUUUGCAAAUUGCCUGAGUGAUACUAAAAAAUUUGUUACCUUUUAGGAAACAUCAGCUGCCAGAGACAGUAUAACAAAUGCAUUGAUUGCUAUUGCUAAGUAAUCUAGAGUCAUGCUCGCAGUGACCAGGGAAUCCUUGUAGCUUGCAAUAUUUGUAUGUUGAGACAGUUGAUAAUAAAAAGCUUAUAAGAUUUUAUUAGUGCCUAUUUUAAAGAGUCCAUAAAAAAACUAAAGUAUAAUCAACUCAGAUCAAUAAUACAUACACAGGAACUGGAUUUUGAGUACUAACCUUAAAAAAUGCAGUGAAUUGCUGUUAUCAUCAAAAAAAAAAACAGGACUAUUUUGAUAUAUAGUAUCUGUGCAAAUACAAAAAUACACAAAUGCCUUAUAUCUUCAAAACUUUGUGUGAACACUAAUUUACUUGCAGUGAUAUCAUACAUUUGCAUAAACAUAGAUGUAAAUAAUAACUACUUGAGAAAAUUAGCAAGCACUUUGCACUGCUUCGCUUGUCUUUUAAGAAAGUAUUUCAGGUUAGAGGUGUAAAAUAAGGCACUUCAGCUGACCUCAGUUCUUGAAACGGUGGGUGAGGAAAGAUUAAAUCUCUCAGGUAUCGCAGAAGGGAACUUCUUGCUCAAACAGGGUCACCUAGAGCCAGUUCCCCAGAAGGAUCCAGAUUACUUUUGGAUAUCUUCAAAGAAUGAAGAUUCCGCAACCUCUCUGAACAAUCUGUAACAGCGUUUGGUCACCUUCAUGGAGAAAAAGUUUCCUUCUUCCAUAGAUACAGUUUCCCCAAAUCUCUCCCUAUAUUUCUUAGUUGUGGAAUUACUGUAGUUGGUUUAAUUGCAAACAUUCGAAAGGUAACUGUCAUUUCAUUCAGUGAAAACUCUUCGCCAAGGUCUCUAGGAUUUUGCCAUUAAUAUGCUGGAAAGUUUGUAUAAGUUGAUUCGUCCUUUAAGCCAUGGGGUUUAUUUAUAAGUUGUAGAGACUAACGUUUUUGUCUUUUGCAGUCUUUUUUAUACAGUCCCUUAGUUCCCAGUCCCAGGAUUUUUGUAUACAUUAAGAGAGUGAUUGAGAACAAAUAAUGCACCUGAAAAUACAGAAAGGAAAAAUAUCCAUCAGCAUAUGUAUAGCCAUGUGCUCUCAAAGUAUCUAUUUUAACCAAACUUUAAGAGCUCUGAGCAGUUCCAUGGGUUGUGUUACGCAGAAAGUCAGGCAAGGUAAUUGCAUGGGUCAUUCUAGCUUUAAAAGCUGUUAGAUAAUAUAAACAUAGUUAUAUCUGGGCCUGUAUUCUCAAGGGAGCAGUUAAGAGUUUCCUUGAAAUCCUUAUGUUGCAAGCUGUUAUCUGUGUUACUUGGCAAUCGGUCCCUUUGACAUGCAUUAAGGUUACUAUCUCAGGAAACAAACAUCGUGUGGAAGAUGUUCUUUCCUUAAGCACUCUGUAACAUUUUAGCAGUAUUCUGCCAGUCCCAGAAAGGUGAAUGAUAGGAAACAAAUCUCAUUUUAAGAUGCCUGGGACCUGAAUUUUGAAAAUAGUCAGCCCUAUACAGCAAUAUAAAUGUUUCAAAACAUAAGGCAUCUUCUGUUGGAACUCUGAGUCCGCAAAACUUGGGAUAGACACUCCAGUUUGGCAAGCAAACGUCUUUGCAAUAUGGAACUCAUGCACACACAACUAUUUACUGUCUAUUAAAUGUUAUAUUAAUGGUAAAAAUUACUUGCCUACCAAUGCAGGGGUAGGAUUUCACCAUCCUGGAUAGUUUGUGGUGGCUAUAACCAUUAGACUGUCUUCAUCUGCCAGCAUCUUCUCCAACUCCCUGCAUUCCCUGUGUUCAGCAUCUCUCACAUCUUCAUGCCAUGUCAAUCCAGUUUUCUGUCUCCAUUCCGGUUACUUAUCACUUCUUAGUCAUCCCAUUAAUUUACCAACUAUCACUUCUUAGUCUCCCCUUCAAUUUGCCGGCCACCAACUUAAUCCCUCUCUUUGCUCCCUUUAAUCUCAAUCAAACCUUUUGUUCCUCAUCUGGUUCUCAAUUUACCCCCCUUAAAUUCUUACUGCUGGUACAUCUGACCAUACAAAGAGCUGAAAGUGAUGGAAAAGUACUGCUGAGAUCCAAAUGGAUAAAAUAGAAGGAGACAUCAUCUGUUAAAUUCAAAGUUGUCAUUUCUGUGCAAACAGAAUUUUUUUUAAUUAUAACUUGAUAGAAUAGAAGCAUAUUUUGGGGGAGAGGAGGCUAGGUACUUUCUCUCUAAUGUCUGAACCAGGAAAUUCCCUCAAAAAUAUCAAUGUAGGCAGGUGAUAAUCUUGAAGGUUUUGCAAUAAAAUUUUUGAAGUUGGUUGAGUAAGGAAUUAUAGCCAAACUUAAUCAGAGUUGGUACUACCUGCCUACAAAACAAAAUAAGCAGUAUGUAAGCGUGUAAUUUUUUCUGACCUGCAUGAUAUCCAGUACCUUUCAUUACAUGAUGUCUGCAUAUUAAAGUUAUGUGUGUCAAUGUCUGAGAAGAUGGUUAGAGCAGAAGCAAAACUUAGUUACGAUAUUGCAAUGUUUUAAAUGGUUAAGGAUGAUAAGGACUGGAGCCACAUGCACAAACCUGUACUCAAACAUGCACACUUGAACCUGGGAAGUGCCUAAGAAUAAUGUAUACUCAUCUAGGAAAAAAAAAGAAUUUAAGAAUAUCUAAAUUAGACUGCAUGUCUACUAAAACUAUGGUGCUAUCAAGCCUAACUUCUUUUUUUACUAAUUUUAAUCCCAUUGCCCCUGGUUAUUCCUACCCAUUGCUCAUAUAUAUACUUGUCAUAGGUGGAGAAUAUGUACACCUACAGAUUAUGUUCCCCCUCAGACUUUCUGGGUUGACUUUAGUGUGACUGCUUAUCAGGCUACUAUUCCACAUGAGUGAGGGCAGCAGAAUUUGGCCAUUAUUUAUGGAAUUUCCCAAAAGAUCUGAUAUCAGAAGAUUGUUUCUUUGUGUUUAAUCUCUUUAAUCUCUCAACAUAGAUUAUUAUGAGCAAGAGUAUAUUUUUCAAAAAAAUGGGCAGGAGUCUCUUGGUCAAUGUUAAGUAAACCCAUGGAACAGAAUAUAAAUGUAUAUGUACAAGUAAUAUAUUAUAAUCUAUUAUGAACUUAAUAGUUAUUAUAAAUGUUGGCAUGGAUUAAUGCACACAUUUUCUUCUGAGUCUCACGGAUUGGAAUUAAUGCAAGGGCUUAGUUUAAGAAAUGCAGUCAGAAUAUAGGCACGGAACAACUUAUUUGCUGUGGAAAUAUAUAUGCUUACUUGUCUGCUUAAUCCAUUUGGUUAUAAAAGAUAAGGGUGUUCUUUUAAGCUACUUUUCCCUUAUUUAUUUUCCAACAAGCCUUUGAAAAUGAAGUCUUGCUCUUUAUUUUUAUUUCAAAUGUGUGCUACCUUUAGUGUUUAUGGAAGGUUUAUCAGGUCUUAAGACAGUGUAAUGUCUUCUUGUCUGAUCAUUCCUGGAUUAUUUGAUAGAAUUAAAAAUAACAUUUCAAAACACAGUCUUUGAAAGAGGGUCCUCUACUGACCAGUUUAUAUAUAUGCUAUUAUACACUUGGGUGGCUGCCUUUACCUUGCAGUGCAUAGAUAUGCAAGGUGAUACUUUGAGGCACUAAUUUAAGAAAACAUUUUUUUUAAAUAAUAUUGCAGAGAGCUGCUGAUUUUUUCCUAUUUUAAACUGUUCUUUCCUGAGCAUAUCAGUGAUACAGCAGUGUAAUACCAAAUUCUCUUGGCACCUGUUAUAAGCUCUCACUAUAGAUGGAAUGUAAGGGGGUUGUCUGAGCUGUCGGUGUAUUUCUGCAAUUUUUAAUUAGUGUAUUUUGUAGCCCCCCUCAGCUUUUACAUAGCACAGUCCUGAUGCUGGUCUGAGUGACACCAAGGUGGGAUGUACACGCCUGACUGACGUUCCAGCUCACCACAGAAACUGUGGUUGUCCCCUAUGCUUAAAAAGUUAAAUAUAGUAAUUGAUAAGUUCUUCCCAAACUUUUGGUGUUUUCAGUCUGUGUACUGGGGAUUCUGAAAAAGCACUGGAACACGUAGGGGUUUUUUUCAUGCUGUUUCAUUUUCUGUUCUCAACAGCUGAAACAUCUUGUAGUCUAUGAAUCCACUAGGGUAGAAAUAAGGAGACGCUUAAUAUUUCAUACUUAAAGCACAUAAGAUGAAUACAAAUUCUCUUUGUUUUCCAUUUGCAGUUUGCGCAAGUUAAUACGCAACAAACUCUUAUCACGUAUAUUAUGAUUUGGUGUUCUGAGGUAAAUAAAAAUAAAUGUGAUUCCUUAUCCAGAGGAAGUAUAAUGAGCACUUCACAUUCAAGUGUGUGCAUUAACCAUUUGUGUGCAGUGAGAAAAAGUGCAAGUGGAGAUACUUGGAACAGAUACUUUUGGUGGUUUUAGUACAGGUCUGGAAUAUAAGGUUCUUCGUAAGGCUGAAUUUUAGCAUCACAUUCAUACCGAGCUGCAUGGUAAUGUAUUAUGUAUCCUCGUUGCUGUGCCUUUGAGGAUUAAUGUUCAAAUGCUGUUAUCAGUGAUCAUGUUAGUCUCAGUACGAACAAUUAUUUUUAUGUCACAUAACACUUCAUGGAUUUUUAACACUUUACCUAAUCAGAUGAGGUAUGCAAGUAUUUCUGCCUUUUGUAUGCAAAAAAGCAGCUGUCAAGUAGUGUUAUCUCUGUCAAGCUUUGACAUAGAAUGUGAGACGCCUGAAUGAUGACUCCUUCAUUCCAUCUGCUUCUAAAUUUUCAUGUAGUAAAAUCAAGUUGCCACAACUGAUAGCUAGUAAAUUCAGAAUAUUAAGUAACUAGGGGGUUUGACCAUGUAGUAAUACGAACUUGAUGCAGUGAUUCCUGAAAACCAAUAAAUAUCAUGUUAUGUGGAAAUGCGCAGUGAAAGGUUGAUUUUUAUAACACAUUAUAGAAUAUUGAGUCUGAGUAAAACAGCGUAUUUGCAAAUUUAGUUUAGUUUGUAUCAAUUUGUGCUUUUAUAACAUAGUGUAACAAAGGGGUAACAUUGGCCAUUAAGGUAAGUAGAUUCUACGUACUUUGAUUAAGAGGCGCAUUUUAUUUGUUUGUGCUAUGAAUGUGAUUUUUGCAGUCUGAGAUUGUUUGUACAGAAGGCAUUAUGGACUGGAAUUCAGAAUAGACGUUUUUUGACAAUGUUUUUUCCAUAGUUACAUUUUUAAUAGAAAUUAAACUGGAAUAUGUGUAUAAUGUACAUUGCACUGAAUGAUUUGGAAUUAUAUUCAUUUGUGGUUUUGUUGGUUUUGCUUUCUUUUUUUUCUAAUUGGUUCUGCCAGUGAGCUCUAACAUGCCUCUCAAGCUGCUGAUUCAGUAACAUGGAUCCCAGAGCAUUAAAGCAUAAUGGGAAGAAAGAAAAAGAAAUGCAAGGAAGAAAAAAAAAAUAGCUAAACACAAUCUCAGAACCUGGAAUGUGAUAAUUUACUGACAGAUAAAUUUUGAAUUGUUCACUUUUUUAGGUGCUGGCUUAUAGAAAGCUGAGAUAUUCAGGUAAUUGGUCUUUCAAGUAGGAAGGAAUUGUCCCUGUGUGGUUUUGAGAAACAAAAGUUUAAAAAGUAGAUAGAGAUUUUGGAUCAAAGUCAAAUUAUUCAGGAUGAGACUCCUUAAAAAGCUACUGAACAAACUGACAACCUUAAUGCCAUCUGAAGAAAGAGACCAGUCACUUCUAAAAGUCUUGAUGAUAUAUAAUAUUCACUUUAUAUGAAAUUCAGACAAUCAGGCUUUUUUCCUUUAGUUCAGAGGCCCUGAAAUUAUAGGGUAGUUAUCUCAUGAAAAUAUGAGUUCAGUGUUUUGCUUGUAGUAUAUGAGAAUUUUGAGACUUUUCUGUACUUACGAAGCACUUGAGAGGUGUAAUGAGAUACUUUGAUUGUAAAUGAAUGUGUUUUUCCAGAUUUUAUGUCCAUUUUGCGUAGGGUUGUUUUUGGGGUUUUUUUUUUUUGAAACUGCUUUCCUAUUCUCCAGAUUAAAAGGAAAAAUAAAAGCAAUACCUUGUUCAUAUUUUUAAUUGUGCCUAGAUCAUGAAUCUAGGUUGAUACAUUAGCUCCAUACAAAGUGCAGCUCAAGCUAGAAUAUCCCAUGCAAUGUUAAAGACUGAUUUGUGAAACAUUUUCCUUCAGAGUAUGUUUCCUUUAAGCCAUGUAAACUUGUGCCAUAAGAAUAAAAGUCAACUGUAUUUUAACAGUUUUAAACACGCAUCUGAUUUUGAAUUCCUGCUAAUAGAUCUGUGAAAGUCAUUUUUACUGAAAAAUGCUGUUGAAGCUAACAGUUCUUUGCCUGGGUAUCAA